AGUUACUUUUAUUCCAAUUUGCUUCAAAUUGCUAACAUGGCUUAUAAAAACCUCCCAGCUGCAGCAGUUCUGUUACCAAUUUUGAUUCUCACUUUCUCUUCAAUGAGCCGCAACACAAUGGUCGCGGUAGGCGCUCGUCGUCUGCUGCAAACUGACCAUUUGCCGGAGAAACCCGAGCUGCCUAAACUUCCCACUUUCCCAUAUUUCCCAAAGCUAGACAUUCCAUCAUUUCCCGUGAGUGCACUGCCUCAUGAAAUUCCCAAGUUGCCUGAUUUCCCUUUCAAGUUUGACAUACCCAACUUGCAUCACGAUGUGCAUGAACCGAAGCUCGAAGUUCCCAAGUUGCAUCAGGAAUUUCCCAUUGAACCGAAGCAUGAAGUUCCAAAGUAUGAGGAGCCAAAGCAUGCAGAGCCAGAGCAUCACGAAGUCUCCAAAUUUCCCGAAUUUUCUAAUGAGCCAAAGCAUGAGGAGCCAGAGCAUCAUGAAGUUCCCAAGUUUCAUGACUUGCCUAUUGAGCCAAAUCAUGAAGAGCCAAAGCAUUAUGAGGUCCCCAAGUUGCCCGAAUUUCCUAUCGAGCCAAAGCAUGGAGAGCCGGAGCAUCACGAAGUUCCCAAGUUGCAUGGCUUGCCUAUUGAGCCAAAGCAUGAAGAGCCGGAGCAUCAUGAAAUUCCCAAGUUGCCCGAAUUUCCUAUCGAGCCAAAGCAUGAAGAGCCGGAGCAUCACGAAGUUCCCAAGUUGCAUGACUUGCCUAUUGAGCCAAAGCAUGAAGAGCCGGAGCAUCAUGAAAUUCCCAAGUUGCCCGAAUUUCCUAUCGAGCCAAAGCAUGAAGAGCCGGAGCAUCACGAAGUUCCCAAGUUGCAUGACUUGCCUAUCGAGCCAAAGCAUGAAGAGCCGGAGCAUCAUGAAAUUCCCAAGUUGCCCGAAUUUCCUAUUGAGCCAAAGCAUGAAGAGCCGGAGCAUUACGAAGUUCCCAAGUUGCCUGAAUUUCCAUUUCUGCCAAAGCAUGAAGAGCCAAAAUAUGAAAUCCCCAAGUUUCCUGAAUUUCCUAUUGAGCCAAAGCACCCUUGAACGUUUGAAGCAUUUGUGAAGAUACUAUAAGAGGUAUUGCCAAUAUAGCUGGGAUAUCCUCUAGCACUAGCGAUGCAUACUCUGAUCUAGAUAAAUAUUUGUAGA